ACAGCAGUUGGAGAGGAAUCACUGACUUCACCAGAAUGUCCCUGAAACAAGUUUCAGUUCUGCUGCUGCUGCUACAGCUGAGCUGUUGCUUCAGAUCUGGGAAUUGUGGAAAGGUGCUGGUGUGGCCUAUGGAGUACAGUCUGUGGCUGAAUUUAAAUGUAAUCCUAGAUGAACUUGUCCGGAGAGGUCAUGAGGUGAUCGUUCUGAGAAACUCAGCUUCCAUUUUCCUUGAUCCUAGCAAGCACACUGGCAUUAAAUUUGAAACUUUUCCUAUUGAUGCCACUAAAGCGGAUUCGGAAGCAUUUUUUGUACAACUUGUUACUACAUGGACAAAUGCACUGCAGGACCCAUAUUGGGAAUAUCUUCCAGCAUUGCAAAAACUCUUUUCAGGAUAUUCUGAUGAUCGUGAAUUUCUCUGUAAAGCAGCAGUUUUGAACAAGAAACUCAUGAGAAAACUACAGGAAUCAAAGUUUGAUAUCCUUAUUUCAGAUACUUUUGGUCCAUGUGGUGAACUGUUGGCAGAGCUGCUUAAAAUCCCCUUUGUGUACAGUCUUCGCUUCUCUCCUGGCUACACUAUGGAAAAGUACAGUGGAGGACUUUCAUUGCCUCCUUCCUAUGUCCCUAUGAUGCUGUCUGAUUUAAGUGGCCAAAUGACAUUCAUGGAGAGGGUAAAAAAUAUGCUGAUCAUGCUUUAUUUUGACUUUUGGUUUCAAACAUUUAAUGAGAAGAGAUGGGACCAGUUUUGCAGUGAAGUAUUAGGAAGACCCGUUACAUUCUAUGAGCUGGUGGCAAAAGCUGACAUAUGGCUCAUUCGAAGCUAUUGGGACUUGGAAUUUCCUCGUCCCACCUUACCAAAUGUCCAUUUUGUUGGAGGGCUCCACUGUAAGCCUGCCAAACCUCUGCCCAAGGACAUGGAAGACUUUGUGCAGAGCUCUGGAGAAGAGGGAGUCGUGGUGUUUUCCCUGGGCUCAAUGGUCAGUAACAUGUCAGAAGAGAGGGCCAAUGUGAUCGCAUCAGCCCUUGCCCAGCUUCCACAAAAGGUUUUAUGGAGAUUUGAUGGAAAGAAACCAGAAACUUUAGGGCCCAACACUCAGAUCUAUAAGUGGAUUCCUCAGAAUGAUCUUCUUGGUCAUCCAAAAACCAGAGCUUUUGUAACUCACGGUGGAGCCAAUGGUAUCUAUGAGGCGAUCUACCAUGGCGUCCCUAUGGUGGGUCUUCCUUUGUUUGCAGACCAACCUGAUAACAUUGCCCACAUGACAGCUAAGGGAGCAGCUGUGAGACUGAACUGGAAAACCAUGUCAAGUGCAGAUUUGCUCAAUGCCUUAAGGACAGUCAUUCAUGAUCCUUCGUAUAAAGAGAAUGUCAUGACGUUAUCAAGAAUUCACCAUGAUCAGCCCAUGAAGCCCCUGGACCGGGCAGCCUUCUGGAUCGAGCAUGUCAUGCGUCACAAAGGAGCCAAACACCUGCGGGUUGCAGCCCACGACCUCACCUGGUACCAGUACCACUCUCUGGAUGUGAUUGGGUUCCUGCUGGCCUGUGUGACAAUCACUACUUAUCUUGUCAUAAAAAUCUGUCUGUUUGUUUAUCAAAAGCUUGUUAAGACAGAAAAGAAAAAGAGUGAUUAAGAGUUCUUUCACACCGAAAGUGUCUGACCGGUGAUACUUCAGCUUAAUUCAUGCUCUGGAGAUCAAGAUAUGGCAA